UAGUACAAAUUUGAUGAAAAUGAUAGUGUAUAGUUUAAUUUCUGGCAGUUAACAUGUUAUUAAUUUUCAGAAAAGCAGUGGUAUAUCAAAUCUAGUUUAACAUGGCAAGGAAUAAUUCAGACGUGGUGUUAAACGCCUCGAUAUAUGCUUUAGACACUUUAUGUGCCUUGACGUUCCUCACCAACUUGUUGGUAUUCAUUGUUCUGAUUACAGACACUAAACUCCACAAGAAACAAAACGCUUUCAUUGGACUGUUAUCACUAGCGGACAUGUCUUACAGCAUCUCAACCUUUCUGGCAAUUCACAAAAACCCGGUAGGUUCUGGGUACCGUGGUGUUUUAUGGAGCAUUGCUGAUGGAGCACUGCUGACAUCUGUUUUGGCACUUGCUGCAAUCGCGAUUGAUCGUUAUAUUGCUUUGAUUUGGGCUCCAUUUCGCUACAAUAUCAUUGUUACUCCAAAGCGUUGUGUUACUGUCUGCCUUCUACUUGUAUUUGGUCCAUUUGUCUUGUUUAGUAUAAUCUAUGCUUUCUUUGAUAACACCACAGCCAAUGUCACUAUAACCUGUGUAACCGCUGCUAUAAUUAUUAUGAACACUUGCAUUUAUCGAAAUAUCUAUAAACAAUUGCAACGGAAACAAGUAGGCAUUCCAGUAAUGCAACAAGACUUAGAAGAAUCCAAGAAGUUGCUUAUGACAUUCACAAUCAUAGUUGGUAUAUUCAUUAUAACUUGGACUCCAUUAAUAAUUCUAACACUUACCACUGGUGUAUUAGGCCUAUUUGGAAAUGGUAGAAGUUAUUUCUUAAUGAUGAUCAUUGGAUAUGAAAUAGGCAUGGUCAAUUCUUUAGCUAACCCAAUAAUUUACUGGUUCAGAAUGCCCACUUUCCGUAGGGCAGCUCUGAAACUUGUUUGUUCUUAGACUUUUGAAUACAAUAAUAAGCAAUUAGUAAAGCUCCGCAUAGUACACUAUAGGAAAAUUAUUGUAUGAAGGUUAGAUUUAAUGCUUGAAAAAAUUGACUGAGGGCCUGCAAGGCCGAAAGAAAUUUUUGAAUGCAUUAAAGCUAACCUAAGUAUAACAAUUUUCCGUUUAGUGUACGAUGCAUGCUCUACUAAUUGCUUUAUAAGUCAAUCGACGUCUUUUAAUUUUAGUUUUUUAUAACCAACUGUUGUAGCGGCCAUCGGUUGCUAUAGUGAUAUGAUCAGUAUACGUGUGCGUAUUUACAUUUAGCUGUGCUUAUACUGAUUUUUGCUCCUGCAUUACGCGUUUAACUCAUCUA